CAGGUGAGGCAGAGCACCCAGGAUUAUGGCAACUUCUUCCACCUUCUUCUCUCCUUUCCUUUUCCUGUGUGUGCUGGUUCUUUCCGACAUCAGUCUUGCAGUCUCCCUGGACCCUGGCACAAAGAUCAAAAAUGUCCCAGAGAACAACAACCAUCUUCAAAACCAAGAGAUGUGGAUGCAGCAGCCCAGAAAUGGGCACCACCACAAGCAUGGCUUGGCCAAGAAGGAGAGGGUCCAUGCCAUGUCUUCUAGAGGGCAGCUGGCUGGGGAAGAGGCCCUCAGAAUGGGUAGCGGAGGUCCAGCUGUGGAAGAGCUGGCAGCAGAGGGACAGCCAGCAGCCCUGAAACUGAACAAGGAUGUGUUCCUGGGUUUUGAGUUCCCAUAUCCUGAGAGGGAGAACCAGUCCCCUGGGUCUGAGAGAGGAAAGAAGCAGAACCGAGAGCAUCGGCGACACAGCCGUAGGGACAGGCUGAAACACCACAGAGGGAAGACUCCUGAUGCUGGGCCAAGCUCCUUGUACAAGAAACCCGAAAGCUUUGAAGAACAGUUUCAAAACCUCCAGGCACAAGAAGCUACAAGUCUGACUCCCACCAUGUUUCUCAUCACUGCACUUGAACUUGGCGUUUCCACAGAAGAGCCUCCUGUUCUUCCAGCCACAUCACCACGGUCACAGGCCCGUCUCAGGCAAGAUGGGGAUGUGAUGCCCACCCUAGAUAUGGCACUCUUUGACUGGACAGAUUAUGAGGAUCUCAAACCAGAAAUGUGGCCAUCUGCUAAAAAGAAAGGUGCUAAAUCUCCCUGUUCUCUUUCCCAAAA